AUGCCAACCAAACUUGAUGCUGAGACCAUUGCGCUGGCACAACUCCAAGAUGACCAGCUUAAUGAUCUCCAAUCCAGCACAUCUCUCAAGCUGCACCUGUUGAACAUUGAAGGUCAUGAUACACUAUGUGAUGUGACCAAUAAUAUUGUGCGACCUUAUCUUCCACAGCCACUUAGACGCCAGGCCUUUGACAUCAUCCAUGGUCUUUCUCAUCCUAGUGCCAGGGCCACAGUCAUGGAACUCACCGGAAGAUUCGUCUGGCCAGGUAUUAGAAAAGACGCACUCCUCUGGUCCAGACACUGCAUACCAUGUCAACGUUCCAAGGUCCAUUGUCACAAUCGCACCACACCAAACCACAUUGACGUACCAGACAAUCGCUUCGAGCACGUCCACCUGGAUCUCAUAGAGCUGCCAAGAGUCAAGGACCUUCGCUACUGUCUGACGAUCAUUGACCGCUUCAGCAGAUUGCCACACGCCAUACCACUCAACAACAUGACAGCUGAGACAGUUGCACACGCCUUUUACACUCAGUGGAUUUGUCAAUUCGGUACACCAUUGACAAUCACCACUGAUCAAGGUCUGCAGUUCGAAUCAGCACUGUUCACCUCACUCUCACGAAUGCUGGGCACUCAUCGUAUCAGAACGACGCCGUAUCAUUCUCAAUCGUAUGGUCUGGUGGAACGGUGGCACCGCACACUCAAGGCGGCUCUCAUGUGCAAUAAUGAGACACCUUGGCCGGACAUGCUACUGUCAGUUCUACCAGGACUCCGAACAGCAUACAAACCAGAUCGGAAAGCAUCUCCUGCUGAAAUGCUUUUCGGGACUACACUGCGUAUACCCGGUGAUUUCUUUGAUACAGCAAGCACACCAGGUGAUCCAGAAACAUUCGUGAGGAAAUACAGGCAAAUCAUCCAAGCAAUCAGGCCAACACCAACUGCUCAUCACACCAAACACAAGCUGUUCCUACUCAAAAACCUUGACACGUGCACCCACGUCUUCAAGAGAGUAGACUCCAUCAAGAAGCCUCUGCAACAACCCUACACUGGCCCCCAUGAAGUCAUCCAGCGUGUAGACGACAAAACUUACAUCAUCAGGAUCAAUGGGGCAGACAAAAAAGUCUCAAUCGACAUGCUGAAGCCAGCAUACAUUGAGUUAACAGACAACUCACAACCAACACCUUAA